CUUACACUACUGCACCAUUGUGCACUGCAUGGAGAGCAUGGAAAUGAUCGACUAGCAAAUAUUCUCAUCGGACGAGGAGCUGAUGUCAAUGUGCAGGACAGCGUGUUACGAUGGACUCCACUUCACUAUGCAGUCAUCAAUAACAAGAUCAACUUUGUCAAGGUGAUGCUGUCACAUGACAGUGACGGUGUCACCUUGGAUACCACACUGCGUGACAGUGAUGGGAAAACAGCGUUGGAUCUAGCCAGGAAACAGUUGUAUGAGGAAUGUGUGCAGUUGCUGGUGGAUCACGAGAGUGCGAAGGAGGCCAAACAGCUGCAGGCAGGAGAUACUGCUGUUCUGCCAAGUAUCAGUGAACUCGAAGCAGCAGAGCAGGAGGCAGCCAGGUUGGGCGGUACGACCGUCAUCCAUUUCCUGCACGUGGCAAUACUUGGUGCGGCGCGCGUUGGAAAGACCAGCUUGCUGAAGGCGUUGCUUGAGAAGAUGCACGAUGAGAAUGAACUCAGCACGCCCGGCAUGCGCACGUCCUACGCAACUACAAGCAUCUCUGAUGACUGUCGAUUCAUCGAAUGCCCAGACAUGCCAGAUGCUCUGAGUCGACUCUACGUCAUCACCAUGAUGUGCAAACCAUCCACUUCGAAUCAUCCCCAAGACAAAGAGACAACACAAGAUGACAGAGAGAGAGCCCCAGCAGGAGAGGAUCCUGUGGUUGGGACCCAUGCAGGACCUAUGGAGGACAGCAGUAGCAGCAGCAGCAGCGACGGGCCAGCAAUGCGCGAGGAAAUCCACAAGACCAUCACAGGAUUUCUCAACGCAGACCGGGUAAAGUACAUCUCUGACCGGGCCAACACGCCCGACUAUACCGUCAUCACAUUCCGCGACCUUGGAGGGCAGCAAGUCUACCAAUCCGUGCAGCCCCUCUUCAUGGCCAAAAACACAACCUUUAUUGCCACAUACAACUCUUCUCUGGACCUUCUAGAGACCCUUCCCCAGCUCGAUAAAUUUCAGUUCAGCCAGGAAGAAUGUAUCGAGCGGGCCACUCUACCGGCCAAUGCGACUCGCCUAGACCAGCUGCUAAGCUGGCUCGACAUGCUGCUGCUGAAUGCGAAAGCUGACAGCAGCACAGACCAGAGUGCUGCAGAUGAUGUGUUUGUAGUGGGGUGUCAGAGUGACAUGUGGAAGAAAACCGAUUUGCCUGAUCCUUGUAAACUACUUCGAAAGAAUAUCGAAGGUUCGCCGUAUAAGUACCUUGUCUGGAACGAAACAUCGUACUUCAAAAUCGACAGCACCAGAUCCACUGGAAGUGCAGCACAAGCAGAUGAGCUGCAGCGAUUGAGAGAGGCCAUCAUCGACCGCUGCCGGAAGAGCCAACGUAACAUCCCUGUUCCAUGGCUCCGAUUCUGCAUAACCAUACACACGCUCAAGCAGGAGGUCACGUGGCCUUGGAUUUCCUUCAAGGAGGCAAAGUUCAUAGCGAAGCAAGUCAAGGCUGUUCCACAUGACUGCAGUGACCGGCAAAUACAGCUGCUGCUGAAGUACUGCCACGAAGCAGGCCACCUGGCGUACUUCCCAACUUUCAAGCUGAAAGACACGGUCAUCCUGGAGCCCCAGUUCAUCCUGGACUGUGUCAAUGCCUUUGUCUACAUGAAGCUUGACCGAGACAUCACAAGGCACGAAGCGCGGCGCUAUAAGUCUGGGUUCAUGACGGAGUCCCUGGCACGCAAAGCUCUCAACAAGAUGUUCGAGGGUCAGUCUUACUGCGACCAUGCUAAGGCGUGGCAAGCAUUCAGAGCAAGCAGUGAUGGGUUCAAGCUCAUUUUUGAAAUCCUAGAAUGGCUCUCAGUCCUGGCAAUUGUGCAGGAUGAGCACGAGUUUAUUGUACCUGCAAUCGUCCGGGACAUGGGCACGGACCCCCAGCUGCCUUGUUCCUGUGCCUACGUGUCCUUUAAGCACACAGACAGCGAUGAGUUGAUGCACUUUCCCGUGUUCCUGUACUGGCAAUGCGUGGUGGAGGUGCUGCUGAAGUCACACAAUCGCUCGGCUGCCACGCUGUCACGGUGCAGCGUUCGCCUUCGCUGGAACAGCGUUUGGCCGUGGCUGCACCUGCACUAUACACGCUACGGCUUACAAGUGUACGUCGAGUGCGAGGGCCGACACGGCGGCAGCGGAAAGUCUACGCUGGAUGAAGUCCGGGCAAUCGUGCUCACAGUGCUACGGAAGUGGGGCCUGCAGGUCGAAGUGAUCAGCACAUUGCCAUGCCCCUGCGGAGAAACAUCGGGCGAGGAGUGUCUACAGCAUGGCUUAUCUACGUGCUGCGCACCAAGCUGUGCGCACGCCUUGGACACUUCCACCCUAGUGGCUGAAGACUACCCACUGUGUACACGUUCAAAGAAGCGGGAUAUACAGACGAUCCGUGAGCAGGCCAUGUUCUGGCUGGGCCUUGACCAGGAUGUAUGUGGAAAGCUGUUUGACCCGAGAUCGACCUCUCUUCCUUCAGCAGAAGCCUGUGCCAGUGUGGACAGUAGAAGCGGUGGUCACGGUGCUCCAGGAAGCGGUCAUCACAGCGCUGGUGAAAGCGGUGUUCACGACGCUGAAUUCAUGUCGCUCCGUGAGCAGGCCAUGUUCUGGCUGGGCCUUGACCAGGAUGUAUGUGGAAAGCUGUUUGACCCGAGAUCGACCUCUCUUCCUUCAGCAGAAGCCUGUGCCAGUGUGGACAGUAGAAGCGGUGGUCACGGUGCUCCAGGAAGCGGUCAUCACAGCGCUGGUGAAAGCGGUGUUCACGACGCUGAAUUCAUGUCGCUUGGUGCCAUUGGUGAAAAGACAUUCGAUCAGAUUGCCGACCGGCAUGCGUUUGUGAGCUCGAUUGAACCGUUCAUCGGUGGAGAGGAGAAAGGCGACGAGAGAGAUGAGGAUGAGGAGUUGUACGGCGACCCAUUCCAACAGCGUGCCUUUCUAACCGAUAUUUCGCCUUGGUUGGGCAAAUUACCAGCGGGAACAUUUCGUAAGAUGGCGCAAGCGGCCGGGUUCUUCGCCGAUCUGGAGCAGAUAGCAGACUUGCAGAGGAUUGAGAAACUAGAUGGAACGCGCACUCACAACGAAAAGUUGGUCAACAUUGUAAGCAGCGAGGAACAGGCUGGCUACAUCAAGCUGGUGAAGCUGAUCAAUUGCUGGGGUAUCUAUCCCGACAAGGUCGACAAGAUGAACCAGCUUCUGCCACGGCGGGCUCGUGUGUAAACGAUUGAGGUGUCAAGCACUUCACGCAGCACGCACUGGUACUGUUCUCUCUCUCUCUCUCUCUCUCUCUCUCUCUCUCUCUCUCUCUCUCUCUCUCUCUCUCUCUCUCUCUCUCUCUCUCUCUCUCUCUCUCUCUCUCUCUCUCUCUCUCUCUCUCUCU